AUCACUAGGGGACGAAACGCGAACAGCCGUACAUGUGAUGUAAUCCCCCAUCCAAAAUCAGUCAUGGCCUCAGACGAUGCAUUUAAAGUCUCUUCUCUGAAGGGGAAAGUGACCCUGAUAACGGGUGCCAGCUCGGGUAUCGGGGCAGGUACCAGCGUCCUGUUCGCCAAACUUGGAGCUCUGCUGGCUCUGAACGGCCGUGACGUGGAGAACCUCAAAAAGAUAGCCAAACAGUGCACCGACUGUGGAGCUGCUGAGCCUUUGCUCGUUCCUGGGGACCUGACGGAUGAAGAGACUGUGAAGAAGACAGUGGAGCAAACUAUCGCUCACUUCGGCCGGCUGGAUGUCCUCGUUAACAGCGCUGGUAUCCUGGCCAUGGGCAGCAUCGAGACAACCGACCUGGCUCAGUAUGACAAGGUCAUGAACAUCAAUGUCAGAUCUGUGUACCACCUGACUCAACUCUGUGUGCCCCACCUGAUCAAGACCAAAGGCUCCAUCGUCAAUGUAUCCAGUGUCAAUGGACAGAGAUCAUUCGCUGGUGUGCUGGCCUAUUGCAUGUCCAAGUCCGCCAUUGAUCAGUUCACACGUUGUACAGCACUUGAGCUGGCAUGUAAGCAGGUCAGAGUGAACUCUGUCUGCCCUGGUGUGAUCAUCACAGACGUCCACAAGAGAGCAGGACUAGAUGAGGACCAGUACGCCCAGUUUCUUGCCAAGUGUAAACAGACCCACGCCCUCGGUCGACCAGGGGAGGUGGACGAAGUGGCCCAAAGUAUCGCCUUCCUGGCCUCCGACGCUGCCAGCUUCAUUACUGGAGUCAACCUGCCCAUUGACGGGGGCCGCCAUGCCAUGUGCCCAAGAUAAGAUCAUGUAUGUAAAGAUACAGCAGUCUGCUAAUAUAGUGCUUUCAACUCUUUAA